GACACACACUCACACGCAUGCACACACAAAAACACACACACACACGCACACACAGAGGCACGCACAUGCAAGGAUCUUCCUACCCGGCCACUUCACUCCACGCCACCCACCCACCCUGGGCGAGCCGGACUGGAGAAGAGGAGUACUGCAGAGACCCAGGCGCUGCUCCGGCUCUCUUGCCUUCACAGCUUUCCUCUCGCUUUCUUUUUUUUUUUCCUCAAGCCAAUUAUAUCAUGAACCUGCCUUUUGCUUGUUGCUAAGGGAAGUCAAAUAGAGAGGAGUGGACAAGACGUUAUUUUUGUUGCUAAGGGACAGGAGUCAGCAGCCAUGGCACAGGGGUCCCAGGACCAGGGGGCCAUGGGGACAGCCAACCCAGAAGAGGACUCCCCCAAUAUGAUUGUCUACAGGAAGAUCGAGGACAUCGUCACUAGGAUACAGGACGAUAAGACCGGGGGCGUACCUGUCCGGACAGUCAAGAGCUUCCUGUCCAAGAUCCCCAGCGUGGUCACAGGUUCAGAAAUUGUCCAGUGGCUGAUGAAAAACCUCUCUGUUGAGGAUCCAGCUGAAGCCAUUCAUUUAGGCAGCCUCAUCGCAGCCCAGGGCUACAUCUUCCCCAUCUCUGAUCACGUCCUGACACUGAAGGAUGAUGGGACAUUUUAUCGCUUCCAGGCCCCAUAUUUCUGGCCCUCGAACUGCUGGGAGCCAGAGAACACAGAUUACGCCAUUUACCUCUGCAAGCGGACCAUGCAGAAUAAGGCCCGCCUGGAGCUGGCCGAUUAUGAGGCGGAGAACCUGGCCCGUUUGCAGAGGGCCUUUGCCAGGAAAUGGGAGUUCAUCUUUAUGCAGGCAGAGGCGCAGGUCAAGAUUGACCGGAAGAAGGACAAGACGGAGCGCAAGAUCCUGGACAGCCAGGAGAGGGCAUUCUGGGAUGUCCAUCGGCCCGUGCCAGGCUGCGUGAACACCACGGAGAUGGAUAUCCGCAAGUGCCGGCGCGAGAAGAACCCGCAGAAGGUGAAGAAGUCGGUGUAUGGGGUGAUGGAGGAGGCGCAGACGCAGAGUCCGGUUCACACGCCGUCGCAGCCUGUGCGAAAGACCACCAGGGAGGAUGUGCAGAAGGAGAUCUCAUUUUUAAACACCCAGCUGGACAGACAUUGUAUGAAAGUGUCCAAAGUAGCUGACAGUCUGAUGGGCUUCACUGAGCAGUUCCUCGACUACGACCCCUUUGUGUCCAUGCCGGAGCCCUCUAAUCCCUGGAUCACAGAUGACACCACCUUCUGGGACCUGGAGGCCAGCAAGGAGCCCAGCCAGCAGCGGGUCAAGCGGUGGGGCUUCUCCCUGGACGAGGCCCUCAAGGACCCGGCGGGGCGGGACCAGUUCCUCAAGUUCCUGGAGUCCGAGUUCAGCUCGGAGAACCUGCGGUUCUGGCUGGCGGUGCAGGACCUGAAACGACGCCCCCUGCAGGAUGUUCCCGGCAGAGCCCAGGAGAUCUGGCAGGAGUUCUUGGCGGAGGGCGCCCCCAGCUCCAUCAACCUGGACUCCCACAGCUACGAGCGCACCAGCCAGAACCUCAAGGACCCUGGCCGCUACAGCUUCGAGGACGCCCAGGAGCACAUCUUCAAACUGAUGAAGAGUGACAGCUAUGCCCGCUUCCUGCGGUCCAACGCCUACCAGGACCUCCUGCUGGCCAGAAAGAAGCAGCCUGAGAGCGAGCAGGGCCGCCGCACCUCUCUGGAGAAGUUUACCCGUAGUGUGGGCAAGUCCUUGACCGGCAAGCGGCUGACAGGUCUCAUGCAGUCCUCCUGACAAGACCUGGGCCCGGAGUAGAUUAGAGACCACAGAGGAAUCGCUGUCACGCAUGGGGAGGGAUACUGCGGAGCUGGGUUAGGGAGGAGGCGGAGCCGGGGGCGAGCUCAAGGGCCCACAGAGGGGGGACAGACCAUGACAGCGAGAAAAAGCAGACCCCCCCUUCCACCC